AUGUCGAACCCCUUGCUAUCAAAACUGGAGAUCUCCGUGCGGAAGGCGUCCGCAAGCCCACCCAAGCUGGCCAUUAGCGUGACCAACACCCACGACCAGUCCCUCACGGUUCUGAAAUGGGACUCGCCGCUUGACCCGCUGGUAAUCCAGCUUGGACACCUCAAGAUCACGCCCGUUGGUGCUGAUGGGCCCUUGGAUAUUCCCAUCAUUCAGGUUCGGCGCAUAAUGCCAGCUGGCAAAGACCAGCUUGUCACGAUUGAGCCAGGGGAGACAAAGGAGCAUGAGAUUGAGUUGAAAGAGACGAUCGUUCCGCUUGAUAAGUUAGCAGGAGGCGCCAGGAUCGUCUGUGAGGGGGAGUGGACGAGUGUGUGGCAAUCCAAGUUGGAAGAGGUCGACAAGGAAGCAUUAGAGAAUCUUGGUAUGGGGAAUGCUCUGAGGGGCAGUUAUGAGUCGAAACCCGUCACUGUCGAAUUCUAA